AUGGCAUCCCGUCGCACCUUCAUAUCCUCAGCUUUGCGCGCCUCAGUUGCCGUCCGACCCGCGCGGCCUAUCUUCACCAUCGCAGCCCGCACAGCAAGGCCAUCUCUGGCAUCACGAGCAUUUGCGCCCUUUGCUAAGUCGUUGCGAAGCUAUAGCGUCAAGGAAGAACCAACAAAAGACUUUAAGAAAUGGGAAUUCGAGGAAUUGAAAAAACUUGUGGAAGAUGGCACUCAUGAAGAUAUAAUCAUUGUUGAUGUCCGAGAACCGUACGAGCUCUUCGAGACAGGCAAAAUUCCCGGCGCGAUCAAUAUCCCCAUCACAACAGCAGUGCAGAGUUUCCAUAUCCCGGAGGAGGACUUUGAGGAGAUGUACGGCUUCGAGAGACCUUCAAAGGACAAAGAGCUAUUGUUUUACUGCAAAGCUGGCGUUCGCGCAAAGUCGGCCGCGCAUUUGGCUGAGCAUGCUGGCUGGAAGAAAGUGAGCGAUUAUCCCGGGAGCUGGUUAGAUUGGGCGGCGCAAAACGGGCCUGUUGAGAGUGUCAAGCGGUCUUAG